CAAGCCGCCAAUCAAUGACACGAUUUCAGCACGCGGGUAUAUAAGCCUUCGGUGCUCUCUUGGGUGAGUGUGUUGGUGUCGUCAAGUGUAAGGCGCUACAAGCGGAUAACCCACACAAAAUCAUGUGGACGAAGGUUGCUCUUUUCUGUUUCGUCGCCUGUGUGAGCGCCCAGGUUCAGGUGAAUCGGCCGCCGUCACCAUACAACUUUGCGUACGAGCACACCGACGCAAAGACAGGCGCCAAGGUGACACAAAGCGAGAGCGGCGAUGCCAGCAACGUCAAGACCGGCUCGUACGGCAUCAACGACCCAUCGGGCCUCUACCGCCUCGUGCAGUACAUCGCCGACUCCCAGGGAUUCCGCGUCACCAUAGACACCAACGAACCUGGCACCAAGACCCACGAUGCGGCCAACGCUCGCUACAACUCGAACGCCGCCAACACACCAGCGGCCAUAGUUGCGCCGCGCAGUGCAGCGGUGCCUGCUUUCAGGCCUGCCCUUGUGAGGGCGGCUCGACUGGCCCCCCUAUCCACAGUGCACACCUUGCACGCAACGCCGUUGACCUUCCACAGCGUGCCGCUGACCCUGCACGCUCUUCACGCGGUGCCCGUGACUCACACCGUUCAUACCCGCCAGGCAGCCAUCUCUCCUAACUACAUCCACUUCACCCUGGGCAGGGCCAAGAGGGCCUAGACUGGGCUAGGCGUCGACAAUGCCGAAACUCGUACUGCUUGUUCGAACAGUCAGAGGUAACGACGUGUUUCCACCAUGCAGACGUGAGAGAAACAGGCUGUCAUUGAUGCACGAUGAAGAAAAGUGUGGUGGUUUGUUUUUAUGAUGCUAGCCCGUCUUUUGUGUUACCCUUUCGUCCUUUGUAUGCUUGAAAUAAAUUUCUGUUGAAACCAACAAAA